CGAGGAGCAAGACGGAGAAACGAGAUAUACAUUUCUGGUGCCGUCGCGCUCAUAUAACACACGAUACGCUGUUCGCGACACAUGCCAUACCAACCUCCUAAAGGGCAAAUCCCGGUAGCUUGGCUCCAUAGUGCCAUCCCGAAAAGAUCCUUGCUCAACCAUGGCGAUAGGCCCUCUAGAGAGCCUCAUCAGGGCUCAGCUCCGCUAAACGAAUGUACCUUGGCUAUUGCGAUGUUUCGUCCCGCGAUGGCGUGCUGUCACGUCAUGAAGCUCUGGCAACGCUCACUGGUCACCGUCUCCUGGGCACAAGGAUAGCUUUACUCCGUUCGGGUUUUGCUAUCCAAGUAGUAGCACUAGAUAGGAGACAAGUCGCGCGAUGUUACAGACAUCAUUAUAGUCUAAUGUUAAGCAGUUAUGAAUAUCCGAAAGAUUGGCGACGGCUUAAGUAUACAUAACGUGGGGCAUUCGCGACCAUGGAUGACGGCCUGCAGAAGCCAACUGCACAGUUGGAACGUUGACGUGAACAAGUCGUUGGCUCACCACCUGUUUCUGCGGUAUUACGACAACUACGGAGGCAAAUAUGGCUGAAAAGCCCGGUAGCCAGGAGGCUCAUCUGUCAUCCUCCGAUGUCUCGGCUGGGCAAUUGGUUCAGGACUGGUCGGUGAAAGAGGAGCGUAGGGCACGACGCAAGAUCGAUACCUCGGUUCUGCCAUUACUCUUCCUCGGACUGCUGGUCUUCCAACUGGACAGGAUGAAUCUGGCCUCUGCUCUCACCGGGGGCUUUGCUACAGACAUACAGGUAACACAGGACACGAUAAAUCUAGGAAAUCAGCUCAUGUUCCUCGGCAUCGUUAUCCUGGAAAUCCCCUUUAAUAUGUUAUUACAAAAGCUUGGCCCUCGGAAGUGGAUGUCGGCCCAGGUGUUCGCCUUCGGUCUUAUCGCGACCCUCCAGGUGUUCAUCCGGGAUAGGCGAGGCUUUCUUGCGUCAAGGAUGUUCCUUGGUUUGGCCGAAGCUGGCUACAUUCCCGGGGCCGUGUACACGCUGUCGACCUUUUACACGAGGCGUGAGUUGGCUAAACGUGUGGCGAUCCUAUUCUUCGGCAUGUUUGGGGGCAACGCAUUGAGCCCCAUACUAGCUUCCGGGAUCCUAAAGCUCGAUGGAGAACGCGGGAUCCGAGGCUGGCAGUGGUUAUUCCUUCUGGAAGGACUCUUCACUAUCCUCGUCUCUAUUACGCUUCUGUUUCUCUUGCCGGGAUCCCCGGAUACGCCAAAGCCGUUGCUGAGUCCGGGGCUGAUCCGCUUCUCGCCCGCGGAACAGGACAUCCUCCAAAAGAGGCUCGAGUUGGAGGAUAACGAAAAGCGCGGCGGUGCACAGGGGCAGCCCAUACCGUUAAAACUCGUAUGGAAGACCUUGUGUCAUUACCGUCGAUGGCCACAUUUCGUGUCGACAUUUGCCGUCUUUUCGACAUGGAGCCCGUUGACGACGUACACACCUUCGAUUAUCGUGGCUCUCGGCUUCGAUCGCAUCGCCGCCAACGCUCUAGCUGCUGUUGGGGCAUCUGUCGCCCUGAUCGUGGUAUUCGGGUUUGCUUAUCUUAGCGAUAAGACGAAUAGGCGCGGGCUAUCCGUCAUCACCGCCCACGUAUGCUAUCUGGUGACGUUGAUUGUGGCGCGACAAGUGCACCCUCACGUCGGAAAGUGGUCAAGAUUUGGCCUGUGGACUGCUGUAAACAGCUUUGCCGUGGGUUACCACCCCGUUCAUAACUCCUGGGUGCAGUUGAACUGCCGGGAUCCAAGGGAGAGGAGCAUCAGCAUCGCUAUGUGGGUCAUGAGCGCAAUCCUCGGCCUCAUGACAGGUACGCAGUACUUUAGGGGGAACGACGUGCCAUUCUACUCUACGGGUCUUCGGACGAUGAUUAUUAUGGUCUCCAUUGGCAUGGUCUUUGCCAUUAUUCAGGUUAUCGUCUACACCGUCCAUAACCGCCGAGUAGCGGAAGGCAAGCAUACCUCUAGCGAUGGAGAAGAACCGAUGAUAUAUACGAUAUGAUACCUGUCUGUGGCCCUAUGCCUUGCUUGGGAGAAGGGGUUUGAUUGAUUGUCUGGAUUAAGCGAUAAUUGGGUUAGUUGUCCUGGGUCGACGGAGAUUUCUGGAAUGCAGUUUACACGACACUUUCAGGAGGUCGUAUCGAUAAGCCAUGCCUGUUAUGUUGGCCGUUGUGAUCGAUAUAGCCGUAUCCCGUCUCCUUAGUUAUGGUAACUACCUAACCUACCUAGGUAUAGGUACUCUAGGUAGGAUUCGUGCGUGGGCCAGGGUGACAUGACGGAUCGGCAUGGAGAUGGGAUUUUACCAUCUUCCUUAGACCAAAUGGGCAGCUGGACCCUCAAUACGAAG